AUGGCGCUGUACAACGGGAACCUGAAGCUGAUUGCGGUCACUGGCCCUACAGGGGCAGGGAAGUCGACAUUCAUCAAUCGCCUAUGCGGUUCAGACCUGAAAGUAGGAACGGGCCUCCGAUCGUGUACGACCAACAUCGAUGUCGCUUCCUACAUGAUGGGCGACACCAAAGUCGUGCUUAUUGACACGCCCGGCUUCGACGACACGACAAAGUCGCAGGCGGACGUUCUAGAAGACAUAGGCGGGUUUCUAAAGAGGACAUACGAACGAGACAUGUUGCUGUCCGGAGUCAUCUACAUGCACCGCAUCUCCGACCGGCGCGUCGGAGGAAUCGCUGUAGAGAAUUUCCGGCUUUUUGGGAAGAUAUGUGGGCCGAACGCGAUGAAGAACGUCCUCAUCGUCACCUCGAUGUGGGAGGACGUCCCGGAGGAGGUCGGAAGCGCACGAGAGCAGGAGCUGGCCUCCAAACCCAUCUUUUACCAGCCGGCGAUCGAGGCAGGAGCGCAGAUGAUCCGCCACUACAACCACGCAGAAUCCGCCCGCAUGGUGGUGUCGACGCUUAUGGGAAAUUCGGCCCAGAAGCUCCAGAUGCAGUGGGAGCUCGUGGAACAGCGGAAGCAAGUACCCGAAACCGCUGCGGGCGUUGACUUGCGCCAGCUACUCAGAGAACAGGAGGAGAGGUACCAGCGACAACUGCAAGACCUUGCGAGUGAGAUGAAAAACGCGAACAGGGCGGAGGUCACGAAACUCAGAGAGGAGCUAAAGAAGACGAAGGAGGAACUGCGGAGGGUUAAGAAGGAGGAAGAAAAGAUGGAGGUUGGCAGCUUUGUACCGCGUUGCCGCCACGCUCAGUCUCAUUCCCUUCGCUCGAGCACGUACUGA